GAGAAGAGCGAGGGAAGGGCCGCGAGAGAGGAAGCGUGUGUGUGUGUGUGUUGGCGUGUGUGGGAGCAGCAGUGGAGACUGCAGUGUCUUGGCAGCUGCAUUAGUGCAUCUCCUGCCGACAGAGAUGCGUUCACGGCCAGUGCCUCGCUCCUCCGCCUUCACUCUGCGGCCGGAAUCGAGAUGAACUCGCCGAUCCAGUGAGCCGCUGCUUGCUCCGGAGCGCCUCAUCCACCGCACAGCGACCUGGCUGCCAAGGUUUUGAAUGGAAAAUGGCGAUACGCAAAAGAUCCUGCAGCAUCGUCCGCCUGCUCUCCGUCCAGAUCAUCUUGAUCUUCAGCGCGUCGUGGCCCGGAGCGGAGGGGCUGACGUUCCCUCAGCAGUACACGAUAAUGCACUGGGCCAGACGUAUCGAGCAGGAGAUUGACAGAGUCUUUCAGCACAUCACAGGAGCGCAGCAGUUGAAAGGGAUAUACAACGAAGAGAGAAGGCGCUUUAGUGUUUUGAGGAAUCAGCCACGGAAAAUAGUGGAGAAGGUGGCAUCAGAUAUCGAGAAGCUUCUGGCAAAGAAACGCAAAGCUCUUGAGAGGUUGGCCAGUGAAGCGGAGCGGCUGCAGCGGGAGCAUCUGUGGCAGGAUGGAAUCAAGGAGCUGGACAUGGCUUAUUAUGACUCAAAAGCUGAGCUGGAUUAUUACUCCAUGGAUGGCGAGGGAGAAGUGGAAAACCCAUCCCACAUAAAGCUGGAGUUUGUUUAUGAUCCAAACUUCAAAAACAAUGUCAACUAUUCCUACACGGCCGUCCAGAUUCCCACUGAUAUAUACAAAGGAGCGCCGGUCAUUCUGAACGAGCUGAACUGGACUCAAGCGCUGGAGAAGGUUUUCAUGGAGAACAGUCAUGAAGACCCGUCGCUUCUGUGGCAGGCUUUUGGAAGUGCAACAGGGGUCACCCGCUAUUAUCCAGCGACACCAUGGAAAGCACCGGAUAAAAUAGACCUGUAUGAUGUCAGGAGGAGACCCUGGUACAUCCAGGGCGCCUCGUCCCCUAAAGACAUGGUCAUUCUGGUGGACGUGAGCGGCAGCGUCAGUGGCCUCACGCUGAAGCUGAUCAAGGCCUCCGUGAUGGAAAUGCUGGACACACUGUCUGAUGACGACUAUGUUAAUGUAGCGCGGUUCAACGAGAAGGCUGAGGCGGUGGUGCCCUGCUUCAAACAUCUUGUCCAGGCGAACGUGCGGAACAAGAAGAUCUUCAAAGAUGCCGUGCAGCAGAUGCAGGCGAAGGGAACAACCGACUACAAGUCGGGCUUUCAUUUCGCCUUCAACCAGCUUCUGAAUAAAACAAAUGUUCCACGAGCAAACUGCAAUAAAAUCAUCAUGCUCUUCACCGACGGAGGGGAGGACAGAGCUCAGGACGUCUUCAUGCAGUACAACUGGCCCAACAAAACAGUGCGAGUAUUCACCUUUUCUGUCGGUCAGCACAACUAUGAUGUCACCCCUUUGCAGUGGAUCGCCUGCACGAAUAAAGGUUACUAUUUUGAGAUCCGCUCCAUCUGUGCCAUACGGAUUAACACCCAGGAGUACCUGGAUGUGCUGGGUCGCCCCAUGGUCCUGGCUGGCAGCGAGGCCAAGCAGGUGCAGUGGACUAACGUGUAUCAGGACGCACUGGGUCUCGGAAUGGUUGUCACUGGGACUUUGCCUGUUUUUAAUCUCACGAUGAACGGAAACUCACAGAAUCAGCUGAUUUUAGGUGUCAUGGGAGUGGAUGUUCAUCUGGAUGAGAUCAAGCGACUGACCCCUCGCUACAACCUCGGAGGUAACGGAUACAUCUUUGCCAUCGAUCCAAACGGAUAUCUGCUCCUUCAUCCCAAUCUCCAGCCAAAGCCGGUAAACCUCCCCGAGCCGGUGACGCUGGACUUCCUGGACGCAGAGGUGGAGGACAGCAACAAGGAGGAGAUCCGCCGUCAGAUGAUCGAUGGGCGUCCUGGUGAAAUGCAGAUUAAAACUUUGGUCAAGUCCAUCAAUGAGAAAUAUAUCGACGACGUGUUCAGAGGUUACACGUGGACGCCGAUAAACGGAACAGAUUACAGUCUCGGCCUGGUACUGCCACCCUACAAUGAAUUCUACAUCCAGGCUGACCUGAGUGAUGUGAUGCUCCAGCUGCAGUACAUGCAGUCGCUGCUUCCCAGCUCCUUCGAAGCAUCAGGACAUGUGUUUCUGGCUCCACGGGAAUACUGCCACCGUCUGCAUCUUUCUGACAACAACACACAGUUUUUGCAGAACUUUCUCUCGCUGAUGUUGGAUAUCUCACCAGAAUCUGAUGAGUGCGAUCAGAGGCUCAUUCAUAACCUCAUUUUCGACGCAAGGAUUAUUGGGCUGCUGGCAGCUCGUGUCUGGAAGAACAAAGAUCUAAAUUCGUACGGCUUCCUGGCUGUCUUCGCGUCCACAGAUGGAGGAAUCACGCGGGUUUUUCCAAACAUAGCUGCUGAGACGUGGGACGAAGAUCCUGAACCCUUCAACACAAAUUACUACAGACGUAGCCUGGACAACAAGGGCUACAUGUUCAGAGCUCCUUCAAGAUUCUCUAUCGACGAUCCUCUGGGCGCUGAGAACGGCACUGUGGGGAUUGUCGUGAGCUCAGCUGUGGAGGUGAAUUUGGGAGGCAAACUUCUCAAACCGGCAGUGGUUGGGGUGAAACUGGACUUGGAAGCGUGGGUGGAUAAGUUUAAGAUCUUGGCCAGUAACGUGUCAGACAGUCGCCAGGGAUCUCACAAGUGUGGACCUUCCCGGAGCUGUGAGAUGGACUGCGAAGUCAACACUGAUGACCUUCUCUGUUAUCUCAUUGACGAUGGAGGAUUUCUGGUCAUGUCCAACCAGAGGGAUCACUGGAAAAAGAUCGGCCUCUUUUUCGGGGACGUCGACCCUCACCUCAUGUAUGCGCUCUACAACAACUCCAUCUUCACCCGACGCCAGUCCUUCCACUACCAGUCUGCGUGUGAGCCCGUCAGCAGCAGCCACACCGGAGCGGCACCCAGAGGGAUCUUUGUGCCGUCUAUCGCUGACGUCCUCAACCUGGCGUGGUGGACGUCCACAGUGGCUUGGUCUGUGAUCCAGCAGCUGCUGUAUGGGCUGACAUACAACAGCUGGCUCUUCCAAGACGACGUCCUGGUCGAUGGGUUCGAGAUGAAGGAGAGCAGCUGUGUGACCAUCCAGAGCCAGUUCUACUUCACCAACACCACAAACUCUUACAACGUGCUGCAGGACUGUGGAAACUGCUCACGACUGUUCCACGCCAAGAGGAUAGAGAACACCAACCUGCUGUUCGUGGUGGCGGAGACGCUGCCCUGCAGCUCCUGUGAGAUCGAGAGACUGACCCAGGUCAGGACUGAGUUCCAGGAGGAGAAUCCCUGCGAAGUGCUGAGCAACGCAAGAUAUCGUAAAGGCCCGACGACCUGCCUUGACUACAGUGCCUUUGAAAACACGUCAGAGUGUGGACGAGGUCACCUGCUGCAGUCGUCUCUCGGACUCCUCCUUUUCUCUCAGCUCCUGCUGCCUUUCUUUCAUCUGUGCACAAAUGCUGGCUGACAGGCCUCAUCUCUCCAGGCUCCUCUCCAAGUCAGAUCAAAGAGAAACUCUGAAACUCUCCCCGUUUUGAUCCGCCUCGUUUCAUCUUUGUUGUUUGCGUCUCAACUCUUGAGGAAAAUAUAGAAGCACAGAAAACAAAAGUCACGUCGUCUUUGAACGAGAGAUGUUGUCGCUUGAGACCAGGGAACAGGAAGUGAUGGAGGUUGGCUGCGGGUUCACGGUAACAGAGGUUGAGUUGCUGAGUUUCUUCACCAUCUCGUAUGAAACAUGCUACGUUUCUUGGUCACCUGGGCCUGUUUUUCUUUUUUUUUAGCCACUCAACAGAGUCAGCUCCUCAUCUCUUAACCAAUGACUCAGCAUGAUGCCCCUCUUUCUUUGUGUUCAAUUUGAUUGUUUUCAAAGACACUGUGGAAACUCGAGAGCUGCCAGUGCAAGUCACAGUGAGCAGAAACACAAAUCUGGCGUUUGAGUCCAAAACUCCAGGCAGAGAUCAACCGUCUUGUCUUUAUUUGUCUUGUGUCGAAGCAGAAUUUAUGCACCUAUGUCGCUUCUGUCUGAGGAAUGUAGCUUCCUAUCAGUGUUUCUCACUUUCAGUCCGUGACGCUUCUGUUUAUCUGCUCGAUGUUUUCUGAUAUAUAUAUAUAUAUAUAUAUAUUUCCAUUUGGUCAAGCAAGUGUUGCAUUCAAACUUUGGCUAUUUGUGAAUGUAUCUGCUCCUAAAACAAACAUUUGCGCAAUAUUGAUCAAUAAUCGACACCAAUGUUUACAAGAGCUUUGUGUUCACUCCACUGGAUCAGAGGACUGGAGCAUCACCGGUGUAGUGUUGAGAACAGUUCAUUGUUCAGUUGUACUUGGCGUCUCUGUGAAACACUUCUACUGAUCAAAUGGAAAUAUUGGCCAACAUUUAAAUAUCGCUGCAACCUGAAAAUGUUUGCGCCGCUGGUGUUUUAGAGUCUAUAGUUUUUUGUGUGCGUGAGUCAGCCUGUUGUUCCAGCCUGCAGUGCCUUGCUGCACAGGAGGAACAGGCGGAGGUCAGACCUUCUCACCCUGCUGCCCGGGUGACGGACGUCCAGGAGCUUGUGUUUCUGAAGCUGUGGAUGAAGGUUCAGAAGCACAGCAGUCGCCUCCUGCCUUCUCUCGGACGUCUCUGCUCGCGUUGCUUCCCACUGUGGUCCAGACUGGAGCACCUGCCGUCUCACCUGCCCACUGAACUUGGAAAGACUUGAGUCAGUUCUUAUGGCUCCCUCUGCUGGACUCGAGCAUGACCGGGUCCUGACCCCGCGACACUCUGUUAGGCCACAUUACUGCCACUGCAGUCCUGGUAUUUUGGAAGUGAGAAACUUUUUGAGUUUGAGGGCUCAUUUGAUAAAGCGUGAAGCCGGUUCCGAUCAUCACAGGUGAGUAUUUAAACGCCAAACACUCUGUGUUUUCUAGAAAAGCAUUUUGUGAAUCUUCUAGUUGAAGUCUGUGUUUGCAUGAUGUUUCAACAGGACUUUUGUAAAUAGUCAGAGGGUGAGAGAGGAGCGUCCUCCUCGGCCACAUCUGUCCAUAAAUGAGUGAAGCUGAGAGUUUGACUUCAGUGAAGCCAAAUUAACUGUCAGCGUCUGCAGUUUACAACAUGUUCAGCCAGUCAAAGCACAGAAGAGUGUCGAACCAACUGCCUGAUGUUCUGGAAAGAUGUCUCUCUUAUUGAAAGUUGAAGGGAAUCAUUAGCAGCAUGAGUGGCUCCAGUUUCUUUAUGGAUAAGUUAUAAUUUGUGGUGAAUUUCUUUUCGCUGUUGUUGAACGGAUCAUAGCUGAAUGUGUUUGCAGGUGGUGCGGACAAAAGAAGGGGAACAGGAAUUUCUUAAUAUUCUCUCGUUCGUCUGUGUCCUUUAGUUUGCCAGUAUUUUUAAAAGCGAUUCUUUUGGCUGUAACUUUGCUUCUUCAUUUGCUGACGUUGUUUACAGUUGACUCUCUUCGUGCCAGUCUUGAACGCCACCUCAUUUUUGUAUAGACGAUGCCAAGCAGUGCAACACGAAGGCCAACUUUGUAAAGAGUUUCUCAGUCACACUAGAAAUGGCUAUUUAAAUGUUUAUAUCUUUGGUGAUUAAACGCUAUUAUUUUUCA